AAACCCAACAGCAUCAUCGGUCUACAGUCGCAAACGUUGAAGAUAAUGUUUGUUUCUUUCAGAUUCACAAACCACACACCGACUCCGGUCAGUCUAUGCUUUUACUCGCAAACUCCUGAACAACCUUUGUUCCAAGAUUUCCUGCAAAACCCAAAACUUGAGCAAAAUCACAAUGUCAAUUCUCCAAAACUCUCUCUCAAUCCAGACCCUCCCGCAACAGCUCUCAUUCUCUAAGGCUUUGACCGGUCCGACCCUCAUAUUCUUCCGCCCGAAACUCUCGUACCCUUUGCUCCAAAACCAAUUCAUCACAACCAAAACGACGACGAUUCGGAUGGGAGGAGGGCCUAGGACCUACCCGGGCGGCGUCUCCAAGUGGCAGUGGAAGCGAAUGCAGGCUAAGAAAUCCAAGCAGCUCCUCAAGGCCCGCCUCUGCCGCGAGCGCCAGAUUUACGAGAUGCGCAAGCGAGCCGAACUCAAGGCAGCCGUGUCUGACCUCGAGAGGCCCUGGGAGGUCGUCGAGAGGGCCCCUAACUUGUUAUCCGUCGACGCAGACGAGCAAGUGAAAGUCUUGGCCGACAGGUUCCAGAGGCCUGGCGGUUUUGACUUGUGGACCGAGAGGGACGGCCCCCAAUUGUUCAAUACCGUAGAUGACCUACCCUCGGCCAGGUUUUUCCCAAAAGGGGUUGUUCACAGUAUUAAACCCUAUCGAAGAAAUGCUGGGUUUGAUGAAUUAAACGGUGUUGAGGAGGGUUUGCGAUCGGAUUCUGGAAAUGGCGGGGCAGUGGGAGAACAAAAAAAUGCGUUUAAGAGUAACAGGAGAAGUACUGUGAGGAAAUCGACAGGGGCGUCUUCUAGUGAAUGGGAGGGCCAGGACUUAGAUGGCUCGGAAACGAAGGGUUAUUAUCGGAAAAGUAAUUUGGAAGCAUCGGGGGUGAAUAGCGGAAAGGGGAAGACAAGUAAUGGGAAAUUAAGGAAGAAUGAGAAUAGGAGGUUUGCGAGUGCGGGUUCGAAUGGUUCGAGUGGGUUGAAUUAUGGACAAGUAGGCUUUGAUAGGAAACAGAGAGGGAAGGGUUCCAUUAAGCGUGGAUAUGAGUUGAAUGAUUCCCACUCUGAUGUUUAUGAUAUGAGUUUGCAAGAAGAUGGAAGAUUCAAGUUCCAACCGAAGAAUGGCCGUUAAGGGUGUAAUUGAAAUUGAGCCAUUUUUUAAUUCAGCAGCCAUGAUUUCGAUAGUGAAGAAUUGGAGUUUUUGUGAGGAAGAUGGUCUCUGCUGGAAGAUUCUAUGGAGUUGUUCGGUGAUAUGCCAUCAUCAAGUUUAUGCAAGUGCAGUGAUCAUGAGGUGAAUGAUCAGGCAAAGAGCUAAAGUCUCUAAUGUAUGUGCGUACAUAUAUAUUAUACUCUCACUUCUGGCGACUAGGUUGUAAAUUAAGGCUUUAGUGGUUCUAUGCUGGCAUUGUUGAAUGAAAAUUUAGCUCCUUUGAGAGAAUAUGUUACCCUCUUUCCUGAACUUAAUGUCACUUAAUCGAUCAAUGUUCAUCUAUAUUAAUAAGUGCCACACAGUGCCUUUGAAAUCAA